AUGCUGAACGGGUUCUGCGAAAAAUUCCAAGCCAAACUACUGAUACGAAUACUGGCGCUGGGCAACGUUAUUGUAGGAUAUCUGCAACAGCAGCGAUUCAUGGUAGGGCCAUCAAGAAGGAAUAUAAGGCGUCAAAAGCUGUCUGUAGACUCUGGGAAAAGUGUUGUUCCAAAUGAAGAAUCGAGUGACUCGAAAACAAACGACGAUCCUCAUACUAAUUAUAGCUCCAGUGAAAACUCAUUAGAUACCAUCGCCGAACCGGAAACCGAAUACUUUGAACUAAGACAAAGAGAUAUAUUUCCUGGCAAAUUUCUUCUAGUUAAAGUAUGUGGUGGAUCAAGAAAAAAACAGUUUAUCGAUAUAUUGCCGUUGUGCAAAAUGUGA